GGGGAGGGGGGACACAGAGGGAGGAAGACGCGGCGGCGGCGGCUCCUCUUUGCAGAGGGGGAAAACUCUGAAGGAUAGGAGCAGGAAUAAUGCGGUAGGAAAGGCGGGAUCCCGGCUCCCGGCUCCGGCAGCAGCGGCGUCAGUCCGAGCAGCGGCAGCAGCAGCGGCAGCACCCCCAGGCGCUGACAGCCCCGCCGGCCGGCUCCCUCGUUGACCGCCGACUGUCAAUGGAGCUGGAAAACAUCGUGGCCAACACGGUCUUGUUGAAAGCCAGGGAAGGAGGCGGAGGAAAACGCAAAGGGAAAAGCAAGAAGUGGAAGGAAAUCCUGAAGUUCCCUCACAUCAGCCAGUGUGAAGACCUCCGGAGGACCCUAGACAGAGAUUACUGCAGUUUAUGUGACAAGCAGCCGAUUGGGAGGUUGCUUUUCCGGCAGUUCUGUGAAACGAGACCUGGGCUGGAGUGUUACAUUCAGUUUCUGGACUCAGUGGCAGAAUAUGAAGUUACUCCAGAUGAAAAACUGGGAGAAAAAGGGAAGGAAAUUAUGACCAAGUACCUCACCCCAAAGUCCCCAGUUUUCAUCGCCCAGGUUGGCCGGGACCUGGUCUCCCAGACGGAGGAGAGGCUCCUUCAGAGGCCCUGCAAAGAACUCUUCUCUGCCUGUGCGCAGUCCGUGCACGACUACCUGAGUGGGGAGCCCUUCCGCCAGUACCUGGACAGCAUGUACUUCGAUCGCUUCCUCCAGUGGAAGUGGCUGGAAAGGCAACCGGUAACCAAAAACACUUUCAGGCAGUACCGAGUGCUGGGGAAAGGGGGCUUCGGGGAGGUCUGUGCCUGCCAGGUUCGGGCCACGGGUAAGAUGUACGCCUGCAAGCGCCUGGAGAAGAAGAGGAUCAAGAAGAGGAAAGGGGAGUCCAUGGCCCUCAAUGAGAAACAGAUCCUGGAGAAGGUCAACAGUCGCUUCGUGGUCAACCUGGCCUACGCCUACGAGACCAAGGACGCACUGUGUUUGGUCCUGACCAUCAUGAACGGGGGCGACCUGAAGUUCCACAUCUACAACAUGGGGAACCCCGGCUUCGAGGAGGAGCGGGCCUUGUUCUAUGCGGCCGAAAUCCUGUGCGGCUUGGAAGACCUGCACCUGGAAAACACCGUCUACAGAGAUUUGAAACCUGAAAACAUCCUGUUAGACGAUUACGGUCACAUCAGGAUCUCCGACCUGGGCCUGGCCGUGAAGAUCCCCGAGGGGGACCUGAUCCGUGGCAGGGUGGGCACCGUCGGCUACAUGGCUCCCGAGGUCCUGAACAACCAGAGAUACGGCCUGAGCCCUGACUACUGGGGUCUGGGCUGCCUCAUCUACGAGAUGAUUGAGGGCCAGUCACCGUUCCGAGGCCGCAAGGAGAAGGUGAAGCGGGAGGAGGUGGACCGCCGGGUCCUGGAGACCGAGGAGGCGUACUCCCACAAGUUCUCCGAGGAGGCCAAGUCCAUCUGCAAAAUGCUACUCACCAAAGACCCAAAGCAGAGGCUGGGCUGCCAGGAGGCAGGGGCUGCAGAGGUCAAGCGACACCCCUUCUUCAGGAACAUGAACUUCAAGCGCUUAGAAGCUGGGAUGUUGGACCCUCCCUUUGUUCCAGACCCCCGCGCUGUGUACUGUAAGGACGUGCUGGACAUCGAGCAGUUCUCCACCGUGAAGGGCGUCAACCUGGACCACACGGACGACGACUUCUACUCCAAGUUCUCCACCGGCUCCGUGCCCAUCCCGUGGCAGAACGAGAUGAUCGAAACCGAGUGCUUUAAGGAGCUGAACGUGUUCGGGCCCAACGGAGCCCUCCCGCCAGACCUGAACAGAAGUCACCCCCCGGAACCACCAAAGAAAGGGCUGCUCCAGAGGAUCUUCAAGCGUCAGCAUCAGAACAAUGCCAAGAGUUCGCCCAAUUCCAAGACCAGUUUUAACCACCACAUAAAUUCAAACCAUGUCAGUUCUAACUCCACUGGAAGCAGCUAGUGGCAGCUUGGCCUUGAAGUCGACCGUGGGACCAGCCUAGACCCUUGUCCUUAGAAGCAGAACUCGUGACCCAUGGAGCGUCCGUUCUGGCUGGGCGGACAGGGGAGCCCUCCAGGAGCUGGGGACGGAAGGAGGCCGCCGCCCCCUCCACGCAGAGCCUCGGGUUCCUCAGAGAGAUCUCCACUCAGGUCUGCGUGCGGAGGUGGCCCUCAGGCCGGGUGGACUGGAUUUGUCUCUGUCAAAUAUCGCAAUAGAAAUCCAAUCGGAUACAACAACUUGCACGUAUUUUAAUAGCGUCAUAACUAGAACUGAAUUUUGUCCUUAUUAUUUUUAAAGAAAAGUUUUGUAAAUUUCUCUAUCGUCUCAGUUUACAUUUUGUAUAUUUGUAUUUAAAUGAAAGUCAGACUCCGAGGGUGUAUAUUUUCUGUGCAGCCACGCAAUGUCUAAGCCAUGCGUUUUCAGACAUUUUAGAGGGGGUGGGGGACUUACCCCCCAAAAAUGUGACCCAAGACUUCCACAGCCUCAAAUGAGAAAACGUUUUUAUUAAAUGUAGAAAAUGAUUCACGUUUCACCUUUAAA